AUGCCUUUACAGCAACGACCAAAUAUACAAGAGCAUUCCGACUUUAACGUUGCGGCUCUUCUUCGUUUAGCGGAACGAUUGCGUGGUCUACCAUGCGAGUGUGACACUGCACAGCGGCCCGUCUUUGGGGCGUUUAACUGGGCUAUCUUCCUGCACUUCCACGAUGGAGUAGUAUGGGUCUUUCGAUCACCCGACCAAAACUCCUUCGAAUCUAGUCAACUUAUCAGUGAUGUGCUGGCUAGCGAAGUUGCGACUAUGAAGUUGGUUCGAGAAAUGACCUCGAUCCCAGUACCAGAAAUUUUUCACUACUGCGCAGACGAUAAAAAUGAAAUUGGCGUGCCAUACAUCUUGAUGAGCAAAGCAAAUGGGGUUGCCCUGUCUGCAUACAGUUGGCAAGAGCGGCCCCUGUCAACCUCAGAGCACAAGCGAAAGAAAAUGAAUCGCGAAAAUAAACUGAAAAUCCUAUAUCAGCUGGGCCGGUAUUCCUCACAGCUAUCGCAACUACGAUUUCCUUGCAUAGGUUCAAUCUUCGAGAGCGCCAACGGAACUCCGUAUAUUCAGCAAUGCCUUCAUCCAGGGCACCUUUUGGAGGGCCGGGAUGCUAUUGAAGAAAUUCCACGGGGUCCCUUCUCCUCUUCGCAAGAAUUUUAUACAUCUCUUGUGGCUGCUCUGCGGCUGCAUGCCGAGCAGCUUCCAAUGGGCUACCACUUGCUUGUAGCGCCGAUUCCAAUCCCACAGGAGUACACCGACACGUCGGAUUAUAGGCUUGCGACUGAUCAUUGGAAUGAUUUCGCGGUUCUUGGGGGCAAGCCUGAAUCAAGUCAGAACCGCCUACAAUACACCAUUGCUGCCCAGUUUCUCCUCGAUUCAAUUAUACCUUUAUUAGCAGGAGAGAGCAAGGAAGAGAUAUCCACAUCCAGCUUUCCCCUCUACCAUCCAGAUCUCAGCGACCAAAACAUAUUUAUAGAUGACGACUUUAACAUCACCUGCAUUAUCGACUGGGCGUUCUCUUCCACUGUACCGCCGGCAAUGCUCUAUGCGACACCUGGUCUCCCACAUGCUAGGGAUAUAAUAAGCGAUCCGCUGCUACAAGACGCAUUCCACUCUGGCUAUACUAGCAACUUAGCGACUGGUAACAGGCCGAAGCCGCUGCCACGGGAUUGGAAAAAUGGCGCCAUUGUCAAUCAUUUCCUACGGCUUGCUUGCUUGGAUAGCCUCCAAGAUUUUCACCAUCUUGAGGCGCUCUGCGGAUUAGCAUUGGACAAACCCUUUGAUCUACAAGAAACCCUUUCCAAGUUAGCUUUAACAGCGGAGGCUGUUAAAUUACAACAGGUACUGGCAGCGGAUGAUGACCCAGAAGAAGUAACGCGCCGACAAGAAAAUAAAUACUUUCAAGUGGUUGGUCCCAGCCGUCUUACAGUCGCUAGAAAAUUAACACUUGCCUAUAGCCGAAAUGCUCGGUUUAUUGCGGAUCAUCGGGCGUGGAAAUGGGUUGGCGCUGUCUAUAAGUCUCUGGAGGAGCCGUUUGUGGAAGAGCAUGAAGACCAUGUUCAGUCUCUCUUGCAGAGUGGGAGCACACAAAACACGUCGAAACUUCAAACUCGGCCUGUGGUGACAACACCGCCAAGGAAUGAAAAUUGA